CUCGCAUGCGCUUUUCAACCUGCAAAUCGAUUUUUUACAUACUUCUAUUAGACAAAUCCAAAGAAUAAAAGGAUAGUUUAACAGGAAGGAGUAACACAUACGGAUUGAGAACGGAUACUUGUUCGGUUUCGCGAAAGGAAAUUGCAAAGUGGUUGCCUUUAAGAAGGCUUUUCGAAUAACGAACGACAUGAAGUACAAUUAUUUACCUCCGUUAUCGUAUGUGAGAAAUAGUUUGAAAUGCAGAUCGAAGGAAUAUCUUGUAGAAAAUAGUUUACACGGUGUACCAUACUUUGCCGAUCCUACUCGUCCAAAAUGGGAGAGAGGAUUAUGGUUUUUAUUAACGAUUGCGUCAAUCGUAGCAACUGUCAUCACGAUUAAAAUCAUCUGGGAUAAGUUUCAAAAUAAUCCAACUUUAACUGAAUUAGAUGUCCACGUGAACGAAGCGGAAAUACCUUUUCCACAAAUAUUUCUUUGCUUUGAAGGAAAUCAAUUUAAUCUGUCUGAUAUUAAUAAUGUUGAAAAAAAGAAUUAUAUUAAAAUAUACGAAUGGAUGUGGAACGAAAAGAUAAGCGACGAAACGAAAAAAACCUUGUCCGGUGUGACAAAUUUCCGCAAUGUCUUUCAACGAUGGACACCCAGAUGCGAUUCUGUAUUAAGUAACGUUAUUUCCACAAAUAAGAGACAUAUUCGGGGAAGGGAUUUUAAAAAGAUUGUCACACCUGCUGGAGUAUGUUGCAAAUUUAAUUUCUCUAAGCUCGUAGUGUUUGAAGAUAUGCCAUUUGUAUUGGAAGUGAAAUCUCUCGUGUUUCCACUAAAACUUUAUAUAGCGGACAAAUUCGAUAUGGGACCUAGUCGAAACAUUAUGCCUCACAUCAAGCUUAGAAAACCUGCAUUUAUGCAGCUUGACGUAUUUCAGACUUACGUAACUCCGGAUUUGCAAAUGUUAUCGGAUUUUCAAAGACAGUGUCAUUAUCGUAGAAAGAAGUGGUCUUACAAUAAUUGUCAAUUGCGUUGCCGAAUUGAUGAUAUAUCGAAACAAUGUAAAUGUUUACCAUGGUUUUUGAUUAAGGAAGGAGUCAAAGAAUGUUCGCUCGACGAAUAUUCUUGUAUAACCAAGGUGUAUGAUAAUUAUAUAGAUUGUGAGUGCAUAUUACCUUGUAAUUUUACGGUAUAUCGAUUAUUGGGAACGAAAGAGGGCUAUCCAAACGAUACGCUCAAUUUAUCACCGAUCAAAAUUACUUUAAACUGGCCUAAAAUGUUGUUUCGUAGAGAAGUUCGUUUUGGUUAUAUGGACUUGGUGGUCAGUUUUGGUGGUAUAGCUGGAUUGUUUUUGGGUUACUCCUUAUUAUCUUCUUUCGAAUUGUUCUAUUAUUUAACCUUUCGUACUUAUUGCGGAGCUGUAUUAGACUCGUCACGAACAAAUCAUAAUAUUGUUACAGUUCGUCCGAAAAAAGUUACAUUUACUAAUAAGUUACUUAAGCCAGACAUCAAAUUUAUAUCUUAUAAUCAUUUUGAUCACGAUAGCAUGUCUUAUAACAAGUAGGGUAUCAGAUAAAAUCUUUACAAAGAUUUUCAAUAUUUCUAUUAAUAAUAAUAAUGUUUAAUGUUUAUUACUAUCUUUUAUUUAUAUCGUAUUUAUGUAGCAUCUUUGGAGAUGAUACAUCGCACACAGUUUCAUGUAUUGCAACAGGUAAACUGCUACUUGGAAGGUCCUUCCCUUAUCUCCCUCACUCUCUCUUUUCUCUCUUCUCUCUCUCAAGCUAGGUGUAUGCAUAAUGGAUGGAGAGAAGAAUGAGUGAGUGAGAGAGAGAGAGAGAGAGAGAAAAGUAGGUAUGUACUCGGGUGUCGAGGGAAGCGAGUAGUGAAGUGGGGUGAAGAAUCGAUAACGGGUUCGAGGUUAUCAGAGGGCAAGGAAACCGAGCAGAGAAAGAAAGAGAGAGGGAGAGACGGAGGGAGAGACGGAGGGAGAGACGGAGGACGGAGUUACAUCGAAGCUCUAGUCGAACUUGUCGUAAUUCUCUUGGAUAAGGUCUCGAACGAUCUGCUCUUGGACAAUGGAAUAUAUAUUUUUGCCCUUUCGAAAUAUUAUACUUAAAAAUAUCGAGAAAUAAUCUUGGAAGAUUGUUCAAUAGAGAAAAUAUUGAAAGUAGCGAAAGAUACUUACUUGUUUUUAUAGCAAAUUUUUCCUAUUCUCGUUUCUUUUAUCGAUUAUUUUGAUCAAAGAAAUGAAGUGUCGUGUGCAACGAAUAAAUGAAAUUUUCUAACGAUACUCGAAUAACGUCAAUCAGUGGAAAUUUGUUAUUUCGCAAACUUUUCUUGGACAAAUGUUACAUAUUAAAUUAUAUAAAAACAGGACAAGCAUUGUUACCG